AUGGAACUGGAACACUUCGACAUCGGCAUAAACCGAGUGGAACAGAGAGACGAGAAGGUCUACUACGUCAUCCUAAUUCAGUACAAAGACCUAAAGUACGAAACGAGUAGGAGGUACAGCGAAUUUGAAGAGCUCCACUGGGAGUUACUCCACAUGGGUUUUUCAGCCCUGCCAAAUUUACCCAAGAAAAAAUUAAUGGCUUACAAAAACGUAGAAUAUAUAAACUACCGAAAAAAGGUACUAAAUUCUUACCUGCACAAUUUAUUUAUCCGAGCGGAUGUAAGAUGUUGUGCUUUGUUUCUGAAUUUUAUUUUAUUUUACGACAAAAUUAAUUUAUCCGUGGAGGUAGUAAAAACCAAGCUGUUAAACAGCAUAGGAUCGCAAAAAUUUUCCUUGAGCGAUUUGUAUAUUAACGAAAAAUACAAUUUUAUCAUUUGUGUAUAUGAAGAUAAGAGUAAUUUAAGCAAGUUGGGAAAAUUGUGGUCCAUUAUUGAGCCAGACAUAGUUGGGGAGAUAAAAAUCUUCACUUAUAAUAACGACUUGACGUCUACAUUUUGCGAAACGUACAAAGAACAAACCGUAUAUAAGGCUAGAAAUAUCGUGUGUGCAGAAUCGCAAAAUGAAGUGAUCAUAUCAGGGGAUGAUGGAAAAAUCCACAUUUAUAAAAUUGACACCCAGUUGCUAACCCUAACUUAUGUAAAAAAUAUUCCUUGCCAUAAUGACACCAUUUUAAAAAUGAUGAGUUUUAGUGGCGAUUUAUUUUGCACCUGCGGUUAUGAUAACGCCUUUAGGUUGUUACGAUUUAGUGAUUAUAAAAUUCUGAGUGGGGGAAGAUGCAACAAACGUCUGGACAAGGAUAAAAUUACUACAUGUCACCUGCUCAACUAUGGAAAUAUCGUCCUUGGAACCGACUGUUCUGUUUUCUUUAUUUACAAUAUGAUGACCAAUCCGCCUCUCUACCUAGACACCAAGAAACUCAAAAAUGGCGAAAAAAUUAACUGCUUCGCUAACACGGAUAAGUACCUAUUUAUAGGGUACGACAACAUCAUUGCGUGCUACAAUUAUCAUUAUAACAGUGAGGCAAAAAAUGGGAGAAGUCUAAAUUUAAGUGGGACCUUCUCAGAAUGUGUGCCUCACGAGGAUCCACCUGGUGGUAGCCACAACUAUGCGCAAACCAGCGAAAAGGAGCCUGUCUUGACCAAACUAAUAGUAGACAACAACAUGUCGGCACAGUACAUCCCACCAUUGCUCUUCGACAAUACUGUCCUCUCCCUAAGCGUUAACAAAGAGAAAAAAGUACUCUACGCAGGGUAUGAAGACGCAAUUGUUAUCUGGUCCAUAACCAGCGGUCUCAUCAUUUCGGCCUUCCAUGGGCAUACAAACGGGGUGCACUUUUUAAAUUUUUUGAGCAGUUCAGGUUUUUUACUCUCAGGGGGAGACGGGGGGAAUUUGAAAGUAUGGAAAAAUGACAUAGAUAAUUUUCAAAUAUGGAAGCCGAAAAGGAGGAGGAGUUACAAAACCAACGAACCGGCAGGGAUCACCCCCCAAUCCGUCUACGCCGAAUCCUCUCCCCACAGAAACAGUCAGCAUAACAAUUUCAAUUUUAACGAGAGCGAAGAUGGGGACGACCCCGAUAACAGGAGCAAUCCGCAAAGCGAGACCAUGUCUAUUGACCACUUGUUGGGAGAAACGAACAAAAAAUACGACUACCAAGUGUAUGAUACGUCUAACUACAAGAAAGACCUACUUAAUUACAAUGCAUCAACAAAUAUAAACAGUGUUAACUCCUCCAGAAGUAACGUUUUUUACGAUAAAAGUAUGAGCAAUGCACCUCAGGAGUUUCUAUCCGAUGCAAGCAACCUGGAUGUCUGUAUACUCACAAACCUGGAAGACAAAGGCCGAAGCGUUAGCUACGAUUGUGACGUUGAUGAAAAUUUUAGCAAAGCAGAUAACUCCUUUCACGCACCACAUUAUGGCCAGGACUUUCAGCAGAAUCAUUUGGAUUAUUGCGUAGUAAAUGAGGAUGUAAAGUUCGAUCAUGGUGGUCAAAAUGAGGAACGUUACCAGCAUGGUCAGUAUAACCUGCGUGAUCACAAAGAUUACGGCGUGCCUCCCAUUCAACGGGAUGAAUACGAAACGUACUACGAGAAGGGGGGUUCCUACAGAAAGACAGAACACGAUGAUAAUCACCAUAGCAUUGCUCACCGAAGCGUGCCCCACCAGUUGGACGUGCAUGGAGAAAAUUACAACAGCGAUACUGCCCCUCAAGUGCAGCAAAACUCCGAUGGGGGGGCACCCAAUUCAAUAGAUAUGAAGCACAAUAAUGAGGACGACCAGUUCAGUAACUUAAAGAGGGACAUCGUUUACGUCAGUGACGAGGACGAUGAUUUGAUUUCAGCCUUUAGGUAG